AUGCGACCCGCCGCAUUCUUUCCCCCCGCGGGGCUACUGCUGCUCUGCCUUGGUGGUGGCUGUGGGCUGGCGGCCUGCUGGGGUCGGAGGCGUAGUCGGCGCCUUCUCUUUCUCAGUGGUGGGGCUUGCAUUGUUAGUGGCAUAUUGACCCUCAUAGGUAUUGUACUCUACGUGGGCAGCGUAAGUUUGGCCUUCGACUCGAUCUCGGGUCCACUGCGAGUAGAGACGCGCUAUGUUUAUUCCUUUGGCGCGGCCUUUCGUCUCUGCAUUGGGGCCUUUGUACUUAGUGAGUUCUCUGGCGUCUUCGUGAUUCAUCUUUUCCUCGCCGAACUACGACACAGACAAAAUCAGCGCAACAAAGCCCGCGUUUACGGCUAUAAUAUGAUAAACAGUGUUUCAACCGUCCUCCUCUCACCCUCACGCAUUCCUACCGCUACAACAUCAGUUGCUCAAAUAUCUCUCACCGAAAAUUGCCUUGACAAAGCCAAACCCAGGGACACACCAUUUCUCUCAACCAACCGUCGACCUUUGGUGUCCAAAAGCAAUCACAUCGCCGUCUCCAACCACAUCACCAACUCAACGCGUGUGAAGGUCAUUCCCCACGCUAAACCUCCGAGUAAAAAAAUUCAAGUUCUCGAGGUACCUGCACACAGUCCUCAGUCUCCUAAGCCGACAGAAAUCGUCAACAGUAGUCCCUUUGAUGAAAGUGUGCGUUGGCCUUCGGUAAAACGUCGUAGAAUUGUAGAUUUGACGACAGAAUCCAUGACUGGUGUACUCCCCGUUGGUCGCUUAAGACGAGGCAAUGCUAGAAGUGCUGUCAACAUUCGCAACGAGGAGGAGAUCCCUGACUUCCUUUCCUGUCACAAGUCCACCCAAAGCUCUAAACAGCUGCUCUACUACUCUUGCCGUGAAUGCGAACAAAUGGCAAAACAGCAGCAACAACAUCAGCAGCAGCGACAUCAACAGCACCAGGGCAACACUCCAAACUCCAUCAGUAGACGAUCGCCCAAUUUCCAUCAAAGACCCACUUCAGAGAGUAGUUCUUCAACUUCUAGCGAUUCCAUUACGCCUUCGAUUUCCGUCAGCUACUCCUCAUACUCUGAGAGUGAGGAAAAGCUCUCCGACAAACUCUACUACGACCCAUCGCCUGGACGACUGCCACACUCACAGUGUCUGCGGCAGUCUGACUCUGCAGCUAACAAGAGGCGGUUCGUUGGGCACCUCAGCAAUAAAAACAACCCCUCCAUGAAUGUGCACCAAGUGGAGGGUUCCACCGCCUCGGAUUCUGAUCGUGACGGUGCAGAACUCUUAUCCACGGCGGUCUGUCGCUGCCCAGAUACCUGCUCCGGCGCCGAAACACUAACCUCACUCUCCGAGGCCCUAGCUCACAGUCCCUCAAGCACAAUCAACACUCCUUUGCAGCGGCCAAGGAAGCGAGCCAAGCCCUACCAACAAGUCACUUCUAUCUAG